UUCUUCUUCUUCUUCUUCUUCUUCUUCUUCUCAAGAAAAGUAUGAUGUAUUUCUCAGUUCAGGGGUGAGGAUACCCGCGAUGGUUUUACUGGACAUCUUUAUAAUGCUCUGUGUCAAAAGCAUGUCAACACAUACAAGGAUGAUGAAAACCUUGAAAGCAGCCAUAGAUUCUCUGAAAUCAUGGAGGCGAUUAGGGAAUCUAAGAUUUGCAUAAAAGUUUUCUCCAAAGACUUUGCAUCUUCCACAUGGUGUUUGGAUGAAGUGGUCCGCAUAAUCGAAUGCAAGAGAGAUGGAAAUGAUGUUAUAAUACCCAUUUUUUAUGGCAUUGAACCAUCCACCGUACGGAAACAGGAGCAGAGUUAUGCUGAAGCAUUCGCCAGACACGAACAACGUUUUAAAGACAGUAUCUACAAGGUGCACCGGUGGAGCAAUUCUCUCAAGGAAGUGGCUGGUAUCAGAGGUUAUAAUUCAAAGAAAGGAAGGCCGGACUACAUGCUAAUUCAAAAAAUUGUAGAAGACAUUUUAUUAAAAUUGCGUAAAUAUCAAUUAACAAAUGAUCAUUUCAAGGGCAGCCUUGUUGGGAUGACAGAAUGUAUCAAGGAAAUUGAAUCAUUGUUAUCCAUUGGCUUAAUGGGUGUCUGCAUCAUAGGUGUUUGAGGCAUGGGAGGAAUUGGUAAAACCACCUUGGCUAGUGUUAUUUAUCAAAUAUUUUUAUAUUCUCAUUUUGAAGGUUAUUGCUUUCUUAAGAAUGUUAGGGGAGAAUUCGAAAGAUAUGGAAUAAAUCAUUUAAGAAAGAAUCUUCUUUCCAUGUUGUUAAAGGAUGAAGCUAUUCUAAACAUGGACACCCCAUUUGUAGUAUCAAUCUUUAUUCAAGACAGAUUCCAUCAUAAAAAGGUCCUUGUCGUUUUAGAUGAUGUGGAUGCAGUAUCCACAUUACAAUAUUUAAUUGAAGGUUUUGACCAGUUUGCUGAUGGAAGUAGAAUCAUUGUCACUACUAGAGAUGUGCAGUUGCUUAGGUUAGUGGCUGAUAAAAUUUAUGAGGUUAAGAAGUUAAAUCACUUUGAAGCCCUUCAGCUCUUUAGCUUGCAUGCUUUUGGACAAAAUUCUGAUCUUGCAACGAAUUAUGAAAAUUUACCAGAAAAAGUGGCAAAUUAUGCGGAUGGCAAUCCAUUAGCUCUUAAAGUCUUGGGCUCUUCCCUUCACUCCAAAAGCAAGAAAAAAUGGGAAAGUGCAUUGGGUAAGCUGCAAAUAGAUCCUCACCAGGACAUUCAAAAGGUGUUGAAAAUAAGUUAUGAUGGAUUAAGCAACAAAGGCAUCCAGGAUAUAUUUCUUGACAUUGCAUGCUUCUUUAAUGAUGGAACUGAUAGAGAAUAUGGAGAAAACAUACUACAUCGUAGUGAGCAUUUUGAUACAACAAUAGGAAUAAGCAUUCUCAUUGAUAAGUGCUUAGUUAUCAAAUGUCAAAGAAAGUUGUACAUGCAUGCUUUAGUACGACAGAUGGGCAAGGCGAUUGUUUGUGAUGAAAACAAAGAACCUGGAAAACGUGGUAGACUAUGGAAGACUAAGGAUGUUUGCCAUGUAUUGGAAAGAAAUACGGGAAGCUCUACAAUUGAAGGCAUAUUAUUGAAUCAGUCUGAACUUCAAAAAAUGUAAAAGUGAUGCCUACAG